AACCCAAAUAUUAGAUAUGCUCUUGAAGGUGACAUUAGCGAGCAUGUGACCAUUUAUUACCUUCUCAGGAUCUUUGAAAAAUUUGUGGGUUUCGUUCUAUUUUCUAUUUUCGGAUGAGUGGCGAGUCUGCUGCUUGUGGGUAUAUUUCGAAUCUCACUGUCACUCUGUGUAUCAGUUUUCAAACUUAUUGAUUGAGAAACUUCCUUGAUAAGCUUUUAAGGGAAAAGAAAUUCAUCAGAAAAUAGCUGCUUAGAAUUCUGUUUGGGACUACAGAGAAACAUGGUUCAAAAACUAGAUGCUAUUAAGGGCGGUGGAGGAUCCAUCAGGGUUGGAACAACAGGGACUAUCAGUGCUUUGAUGACAAGGGAAAUGGAAUCUAUUAAAUCGACAUCACGAACGUCUGCAGCAUGUUGUGCCGAUAAAGCUCAAAAAAUUCCUGUUUCUGUUGCCUGUGUUGCUUCUAAUCCUAAACGUCUACAAAUGAGAAAGUCCUUAGAUGAAGCAAGCAGCAGCAUUAGACGUCGAAGUGCAGAUUUUACUGGGAAAACGGAAAGCCUCCCUAAAAGUACGCAUCAUGUCCCGAUGCUUGGCUCGGAUAAUCUCUCUCUAGAUAGAACUCCUAGAAGGGAGAAAACUGACAAGAAAUUAUCUAACAUUGUUGAAAUUGUGGACAUAAAAUGUGGGCACGCGGAUAGAGCAUGGGCUACCCCUAUAACACAUCGACUCAAGAAGCUAGGCUUUUCAAAGCUAUCUGAAAGCAUUGUUUAGACUUUUAACUUCUUCAUAUCGGAGUUCAGAUUCUUGUAAUUGAACCCUGAAAUCCCAGUUUUCCUAUUAUUGUCUGAAACUUCAACCAUUGAACACAUUGUUGGUAUAAACCAGCUACUUUCUCGCUUUUUCU